AGAGAGAAGCUGUACUUGGCAAACCAAGAGAAGUUCCACAAAGAAGCUGACAAACAUUAUUGGAAAGCAAUAGCAGAGAUCAUUCCCCGCGAAGUCCCAGUUAUUGAGAAGAGAGGGAAGAAGGAUGCUGAGAAGAAGCCUUCGGUUGUCGUCAUUCAAGGCCCUAAACCCGGGAAGCCCACUGAUCUCUCAAGAAUGCGCCAAGUUCUCUUGAAGCUGAAGCAGAAUCCUCCACCGCACAUGAUUCCUCCCCCGCCUGCACCUGCCAAAGAUGGCAAGGACUCAAAGGAAGGGAAGGAUGCCAAGAACGGGAAAGCUCCUGAAUCAACUACAGCCGGAGCCGCGUCCAGAGAUAAUUCGGCUUCACCUACUAAAGAUGACACUGCUAAAGCUACGUCAGACUCAUCAAUACCAGAGGAUCCUCCUGCCCCAGCAGAGGGUGAGAAAGCUGCUUAAACAUAGCCAGUCAUUACUAAAGUGAUGACACUUUUUAACCGUCUAUCAACUACGUUGUAGUUUUUACUUUAAUUUUCUUUUGUUGGUCUUUUCGAGUUCAUUAUUUUCCAAGGCUUACAAUUCAUUUUGAAGAAUAAUAAGCACAUGUAUCUGUGAAUGUCUUCGAGCAGAAUGGCUUUGCGGACCUUUCUUCCUAACUUGGCUUUAGCUUUUGAAGCGGAAGGGACUCAUUCCCUCCACUUAUGUUACCAUUCAUCAUUUAUUUAAUAUUUCUACCUGUCGUAAA